AUGGGGAUGGGACGCGUGCAAAAUAAAUCUCAGUUCUUAGGAGACAACGAAACAUGGAGACAAGGAGAAAAUAAGACAAAGAGACAAGGAUAUAAGGAGACAAGGAGACAAGGAGACAAGGAGACAAGGAGACAAGGAGACAAGGAGACAAGGAGACAAGGAAACAAGGAGACAAAGAGACAAGGAGACAAGGAGACGAAGAGACAAGGAGAUAGGGAGACAAGGAGACAAGGAGACAAGGGCACAAGGAGGCAAGAACACAAGGAGAAAAGGAGACAUGGAGACAAGGUUCCAAGAAGACAAGUGGACAACGAGACAACGAGACAACAAGACAACAAGAAAUGGAGACAAGAAGACAAGGAGACAAGGAGACAAGGAGACAACUUGACAUGGAGACAACUUGACAUGGAGACAUCGAUACAUGGAGACAUCGAUACAUGGAGACAAAGAGACAAGGAGGAAUGGAGAAAAGGAGACAAGGAUUUAAAAGACCAAGGAAAAAGCAUAAGAAACGAGAGACUGGGAAACCAGGAGAAAAGAAGGAAAGAAGAAAAGAAGAGAGAAAAACAAAGAGACAAGGAGACAAGAAGACAAUAG